AUGAAAGCAGCUGAAAUAAAACCAUACCUUGAAGAAAAAUAUGCAUUUCUUAGUGGAGCUAUUGAUAAGAAAGGUUAUUUAAUAAUAACAUUUCCAAGUUCAGCAACAAUUGAGAAAUUAUCUGGUGAAGAAUUAAAAAAGCUUAUUAUUUAUUUAGCAUCAAUAAAUUCAUCAAAUGGUGAUCCAAGAUUCACUUUUAUUGUUGAUAUGCGACAACGAACAUGGGAAAAUUGUAAACAUAUUUUUAAAGUUCUACAAGAACAAUUUCCAUAUAAAAUUGAACAUGUAUAUAUUGUUAAACCGGAUGGAUUUUGGGAUAAACAUAAAAUCUCACUUGGAAUGUCAAAAUAUACAUUUGAUCAUUCCGUUGAAUCUGUUGAAAGUUUAUCCCAUGCUAUAGAUCGUAAUCAAUUAACAUCAGAUUUAAAUGGUACAUUCCAAUAUAAUCAUACUCGUUGGUUAGAUUUUCGAUUGAAAUUGGAAUCAUUUGUAUAUAAUUCAAAAGAAACAUUACAUGCAUAUGAAUUACUUUAUAAUGAUCUUCAACAAGUCGAUCAAUCCAAUAAUGUUGCUCGAGCUCAAGAUGCUAUUGAAACACAUAUGACAGUAUUUAAAGAUCAAUUAUCACGUGUUAAUAUUGAUCCAUUAUUAAAUGAUGGAAAUCAUUUAUUAAAUAUGUUAAGAGGAAAUUCUGAUAAUGAGAAUUCAUUAAUGAAAUCUCAACAACAACGAACUUAUCCAUUAGAUUAUUUUGAUGAAGCAAGAAAAAUCUCAUUAGUUAUGGAUAAUCUUCGUUCAGCAAAAGAACGAUGUUUUCAAUUAUGGCAUCAGAAAAAAAAUCGUUUAGAACAAAAUUUACAAUUAAGAUUAUUUGAACAAGAUUGUGAUCGAUUAUGUUCAUGGAUUGGAAACAGUCGUUUGAUACUUGGUCCAAAAUAUACAGAAAUUGGUUCAAGUUGUUCAGAAGCCAUGCAACUCUUAGCCGAACAUGAACAAUUUGCUAAAGUGUGUUUAGGUAAUGAAACGGUUAUUCGUCGAACACAAAAUGUUGGUGAUCGUCUUAUAUCAAGUGGACAUUAUGCUACAAGUGCAAUAAAAACUCAAGUCAAUCGUUUAAAUGAUGAAUGGCAAUGUUUAGCACGUUUACUUGAUAAUCGUACAAAUAUUCUAACAGCUUCACUUCAAUUUCAUCAAAAAGCAGAUGAAUAUUUAGUACAAGUACCAACAUGGAAACAUUUAUGUUCAUUAACCGAUGAUUUAACAGCAAUUGAGAGUAUGGAACAUUUAGAACGAUUACUUCAACAACAUUUUAAUCUAUCAGAAAAUAUUUCAAGAAUUUAUGCUCAGAUUUGUAAUGAUGGUAAAGCAAUCAUUGAUUCAGUAGCUCCAUCUCAACAAUCUACAACUGACUAUCAAUUCGAUUUUCGUGCUGGUGCUAAACAUAUACUUGAAAUUGUUCAAGAAAUAUUAGUUAAUCAUCGAUAUCUUGAUGCUAAAUGGAAUCAACGUAAAAUAUUUUUACAACAACGACUUAGUUUUGUUGCAUUUGCUAAUGAUGUUCAACAGAUUCUCGAUUGGAUUGAAAAACAUGGUGAUGCAUUUUUACAAAAAAAUCUAGCUGUUGGUAUUGGAAAAUCUCUUCGACAAGCAAAAAAACUUGAUAAAAUGCAUACAGAUUUUGAAAUGGCUAUUAAAAAUACAAAAACGAAUGCAGAAAAUUUAAUAGCUGCUGCUGAUAAUAUGUAUAAUGAACAAAUUCAACAACAAAAACAAUCACAAAUAAAUAAUAAUCAAACUGCGGAAGAAGAUAAUGCAGAUAAACAAUUAAAUCAAGGUCGAACAAAAAUUUAUCAAUUAGCACAUGAUCUUGAACGUCGUAUGCGUGAAUUUGAUGAACGUGUUGCUCGUCGACGAUAUAUUCUUGAUGUUAAUCUUAAUUUUCAUACGCAUUGUGAAGAAUAUUCAGAUUGGUUAACACAAGUUGAAGUUGUUUGGUCGACAACAGGAGGUGAUGAUGAUGAUAAUGAAACAAUUGCUGCUAAUUGUGAAGAAAUGCUUGAAGCUUUAAUUGAACAACAUGAAGGAGCGAUGGAAGCUUGUACAACUAUUGAACAAGAAGGACAAAUUCUUUUAGAUUAUUUAACUGAAGUUCAAUCAAUGAUAACACCUAAUGAUACUACACCAUCACCUCAAUAUACUCAUUUAUUGAGUUUAAUUGAAUCAAUUCGUAAGAAAACCAGUGAACUAGAACUUAUCUGGGAAAAACGUCGAUUACGUGUCGAAUUAUUUGUACAAAUCAAACAUUUUGAAAUAUAUUCACGCGAAGUGUCACAUUUACUCGACGUUUGGUCACACGAAUUGGUCAAAAUGCAACAGCAACAACCAUCACAACAGCAGCCACAAUCAGCCAAUUCUGUUAGUUCUGUUAUCAUUCCACAAGCCCUACCAUUAGCCUUACAAACGCUCAUUAAUGGGGGUGCAUCAACAACACGACACCGUUCUCAACAUCAUCAUAGUAGCGAUCGAACGACUGCUAAAGUAGAUGAUUGGGCUCAAGUACAAGAACAUAUACAUACACGUGUUACACAAGUUGUACAGCGUGGUAGAGAUAUACUUAAUUUAAUGGAUAAAUCAAAUGAAUUAAAAAUUAAAUUUGAUCAACAAUCAUUAUCAUCAACCAAUAAUGAAACAUCUCAACAAUCAUCAUCAAUACCAUCACCGGAUCAAAUUCGUAAUUUACUUAUUGUUAUGAGUGAUCGAGAACAAAAAUUAUCUGAAUUAGCAACGCAACAACAAAAAUUUAUUUUAUGGAGAGUACAAUUUAUACGACUUGAACGAGAAUGGAAUGAAAUUAAAAAUAUGAUUAAUAAUUUUGAAACAAAAUUAGCGUCAAAUUUAACAUUAGCUAUUAGUUUAACUGAUGCUGAAAAAUUUCAUCGUGAUCAUGAAGAUAUUAAACCAUUCGUUGAUAGAAUCUGUGAACGUAUUGAUACUCUUCAACGUAAAACAGAAAAAUUAUGUACUUUACUAACCAGUACUGAUCCACCAACAGGCCCAACUGAAUUAAUAAAUACAUUAAUAUCUGCACGACAAAAAGUUCAAUUACAAUUUGAAGAUCGACUACGUUUAAUCAAUGCUCAAAUUAUUUUUUAUAAAUCAUCUGAACAAGUGUCUCAGAUGUUAGAUACCCUUGAACGGGAAUAUCGAACAAUUGAAGAUAUACAUGAAAAAUUAAAAAUUUAUACAGAUGAUGAAAUACAGAAAAUUUUAAUGGAUCGUUUAGAACAACUUGAUGAAAAUAAACAUAGUUUUUUACGAGCAUGUACAGUAGCUCGUCAAAAAUCCGACUUAUUCCAUAAAUAUGCACUACGCAAUGCAGCAAAUUUACUCAAACCUGAAGCAUAUUUAAAACCCCUUGAACAAAAAAUCAAAAGUAAAUCUUAUUU